CCUCAAUUUCUCCAUCAAAACCUCAUAGAAACAGUUUGAAAAACUUCCCCUUCUGUGAGAUUGAUUAGUGUAGUGUUCCCGAGGCCAACAUGGCGGCACAAAGCCAGAACCAGAAGGGAGAAUCGAACUCGGGACCUGAGUCAGCAGGAAGUCGCAAAACUGCGCUUCCUAACUUUCUUUUAUCAGUGAAGCUCAAAUAUGUCAAGCUAGGGUACCACUACCUAAUCUCCAACGUCAUCUACCUCCUACUAGUCCCUCUCAUCGCCGCGGCCUCCGCCCACCUCUCGACGCUCACCGCCGAUGACUUCCUCCACUUGUGGCAAAAGCUUAAGUUCAACUUCGUCUUGGUCACCUUGUGCUCGGGCCUCAUGGUUUUCCUAACCACCGUAUACUUCACCACCCGCCCUAGAAAAGUAUACUUGGUGAACUUCGCAUGCUACAAGCCCGAGCCGGCCCGCACGUGCACGCGUGAGAUAUUCAUGGAGAGGUCGAAGCUGACGGGCAGCUUCUCUGACGAGAACUUGGCUUUUCAGCAAAAGAUUCUCGAGAGGUCCGGCCUCGGGCAAAACACAUACAUGCCCGAGGCCUUGCUCCGGGUCCCUCCAAACCCGUGCAUGGCGGAGGCGAGGAAGGAGGCGGAGAUGGUGAUGUUCGGAGCGAUAGACGAGUUGCUGGAGAAGACGGGGGUGAAGCCUAAGGAUAUUGGGAUUUUGGUGGUGAACUGCAGCUUGUUCAAUCCGACGCCGUCUCUGUCGUCCAUGGUUGUGAAUCACUACAAACUUAGGGGGAACGUUGUGAGCUAUAACCUUGGUGGGAUGGGUUGCAGUGCUGGCCUCAUUUCUAUUGACCUGGCAAAGCAGCUUCUCCAGGUGCACCCCAACUCUUAUGCCCUAGUUGUAAGCAUGGAGAAUAUCACUCUCAAUUGGUACUUUGGAAAUGACCGCUCUAUGCUUCUCUCCAACUGCCUCUUCCGAAUCGGCGGCGCCGCCAUCCUCCUCUCCAACCGCUCCUCUGACCGCCACCGCUCAAAGUACCAACUCAUGCACACUGUCCGCACUCACAAGGGUGCAGACGACAGAGCAUACAGUUGCGUAUUCCAAAAGGAGGACGACACAAAAAGAAUCGGCGUAUCUCUCUCAAAAGACUUGAUGGCUGUGGCUGGAGAAGCCCUAAAAACCAAUAUCACAACUCUUGGCCCAAUAGUCCUACCCAUGUCAGAACAGCUCCUGUUUUUUGCUACUUUGGUGGCAAGAAAGGUGUUCAAGAUGAAGAACAUCAAACCCUACAUCCCGGAUUUCAAGCUGGCGUUCGAGCACUUCUGCAUUCACGCCGGAGGGAGAGCGGUGCUGGAUGAGAUUGAGAAGAACCUUGAGCUUAGUGACUGGCACAUGGAACCAUCAAGGAUGACGCUCUACAGGUUUGGGAACACCUCAAGCAGCUCACUGUGGUAUGAGCUGGCCUACUCGGAGGCCAAGGGAAGAGUCAGGAAGGGAGAUCGGAUGUGGCAGAUUGCGUUCGGGUCGGGGUUCAAGUGCAACAGCGCAGUGUGGAAGGCGCUGAGGACUGUUAAACCAGCUAAGGAAGAACCCUGGAUCGAUGAGAUUCAUGAGUUUCCUGUUGAGGUGCCUAAAGUGGCAGCCCUUGUUUCUUAAGGUAGAACAAUGUCUACCUGAGCAAGUGGAAAAAGAAGGCUUGCUAAUUCCAAGUUUACUUCUUUAGGCUCUGUUCAUGCAUAAGAUUAGAAAGAACGAAAACUGUAACCUGCUCUACCUUUAGAGGUUAAGUAAACGACCAUAAAAUAACUAUUA